UGACAGCAUAUUUCAUAAUAUCUUACACAAUUCAAAACGGAACUUCUGGCUGUGAGGUGACGGUAUAAAUGUUUACAUGUUACAUCAAUCUACACUAAAUUCAAGUUUUGCACUGGAUUCGUGGUUCUUGGGACAAAUUUUGUUACUGGAAGAUGAGUGCAUCCAAACCCCAGGAAAGUGAGGUGAGAAUCAAACACUCUCUGAAUGAGAACGAGGAGGAGUUUGUAGCCAAACGGAGAAAAUCUGUUCUAGCAAGACUGCAGAAGCUUCAGAUUCACUGCAGUGAGACUGAAGUGCCAAACGUUGCAUUACUGGGUUCUGGAGGAGGACAAAGAGCCAUGGUGGGUUUACUUGGAUCCCUGGUUCAGCUCCAGAAAACAGGUCUUCUGGACUGUGUCCUUUAUCUGAGCGGAAUCUCUGGAUCCACCUGGUGUAUGGCCUCCUUAUAUCAGGAAUCAGACUGGUCCACCAAACUAGAGACUGUGAAAGACAAGAUCAUCCAGAGACUCAGCGGUCCUGGAGUCAGCUGGACAGAUGCAUAUGCCAAACUGAAGAAAUAUUACUAUGAGAAAGACAUAUUCAGCUUGACUGACGUCUGGGCCGCGAUGUUCGUCACGGAUUAUGUGAAAGAGAUAGAUGAACACACACUCACAGACCAUUGGGACCAGCAGAGUAAAGACCCGUUUCCCAUCUACACAGUGAUCGACAAGCACUGCAAACAGCGCAAAGAUGGAGACCCCUGGUUUGAGAUCACUCCACAUGAAGCAGGUUAUUCUCUCACUGGAGCGUUUGUGGAAACCUCCAGCUUUGGCAGCAAGUUUGAAAAUGGUCGUAAGAUCAAGAACCAGCCUGAAAUGGACAUGCUGUACCUGCAAGCUCUGUGUGGCAGCGUUUUAGCUGAUAGAGUCGAGAUCCUUAAAUUCCUCUGGGAACGAAUAAAAGAGUUUUUUCAUCAUUUCCUGCUUAAAAGAGAAACAGGGAUGUUUGGGGAAAUAAGUAAAGAAGACGAAUGUUAUCAGUUGCUCAUGGAUCUGGUGGACAUGAAUCUCUCUGUUUUGAAUGACAAAGAUCCGUCUGAUCUCGAUGAAUCCAUCAGAACAAAGCUGAACGAGCUCACUGGAGGCGAACAUCACCUGGUUUUUCCAAAGAAAAAACUGAAUCUCACUGAUAAAGAAGCUGCAAAACAGUAUAUGAAACAAUUCACUGAGGAUGUGUGUAAUGAUUUGAGUCACUGCUUCAGUUUCUGGCCUUUUGAUAUUUGGACAAGAAUUUUCAUAUGCAUGGAUCUGUGGAUCUGGGGCAGGAAUUAUGACUUCCUCCACAACAUGAAAGAUGAAGCAGUGCCCUCCACUCUACUGGAAAGUGAGAUGAGAGACUAUGAAGAUGGUGGACUGUUGCUGAACUCACCCUACUUCUCAGUGCUGAGAAAAGAGAGAAACAUCGACCUCAUCAUUUCCCUGGAUUUCAGUGACGAUGCUGAUCCUUUCACGACAGUGAAGGAAGCUGCUGAGAUGUGCAAGGAACUAAACAUCCCUUUCCCUGAGGUCAACAUUCCCAGUGAAGAUGUAAAGAAACCGAAGGACUUCUAUGUGUUCAAAGGCCAAAACGCUCCAACCGUGAUCCACAUCCCUCUCUUUAAUGUGGUCAACUGUGGAGAUGAUAUUGAGGCGUACCACAAAAAAUAUCACACUUUUCAACGGCCUUACAGCGCUGAGAUGAUCACUGAUCUUAUGAAGUUCGCUGGAAAAAACAUCACAAACAACAAAGACAAUCUGCUGGAGCAGAUUCGCCUCGCCAUAGGGCCAAAAAUACACUAAUAAUGAAUAAUAAACAUCAGUGGUGUGCAGCGUUCUGAAAUGAGGCGGCAAAGUCCUCACUGUUUGUUUUAUUGUUUUUUCAAAUAUAAAUUCAUGUUUCAUUCAGACUUAAUGCUGACACAUUUUUGACAAACGUGAAAUGCACAUGAAAAUGAAAGGCGGGAUUUAUCAUGUGACCAAAGCAAUAGGCCAAUCAGAUCUUAUUUACAGCAGCGCCAUCUUUGAUUUUUAACAGGAAUGAAAUCGAGACUGUGAGGUAUAGACAUACAUUUCUGCAGUGGGUUGUACUGUUAUUUAAUGUGUUUUUGAUUGUUCUGAAGAUGAAAAACAGCAACAUAUCUUUCCAUGAAAUUUCAUUAGUCAAAAAACUCCAGACAACAUGACCUGCAGAAAAUUAUAAGUGAUCUAGGAGCUUUAUACAGCUUUUUACAGCUGAUGCCAUUGAAAACAUAAGUCUAUCCCUCAAAGCCUCGCUUUCAUACCUGUCAUGGCACUGCUCUCAAUAAAGUCUAUAGGCCGAUCAUUAUGUUACUUUUGUUAAAAAUAUUUCUGCAUGUUUCAGUCUGUUCAUUAUGAGGAAUAAAUUGCUGAUCAUUAAUAAUAAAAUCAACCAUAACACAGACUAAAUUACAACUUUGAUUGCUGAUUAAAAGAUGUAUUACUUUGUUUCUGUUCCAAAGAAUGAGUAAGCUGUUCGCUAAAAAUAAAGUUCUCUUUCUAACAUUC